CUCAGUUCGGUGGCUGGGCAUGGGCGGUCGCCUUCGGACAAGUCUCGCGGUAGAUUCGGGUACCCUCAGCGGGUGCCUCCCGCCCUUCUGAACACCCUCCCUCCUCUCCGCGGGGAGGAGGUCGAGGCCGGCCACAGGCCGAGCGCGCUUCGGGCUGGGUUCUCGACAGUGAAUCAGUUGAGGAGCACCUCGUAGUAGAUGUCCUUUCGGCCAGUUCGUCCCACGCUCCCCGACGUGUCAGUAGAAAACAAGAUUAUCUUCCUAUCCAAAAAGAUGAAAACCUGGCUACAUUUGAAAGACAACCAAGUGAACACCACAGACUAAUGAGUAGAAUCAAUAAGAACGUGAUUUUGGCCCUUUUAACAUUGACAAGUUCAGCAUUUCUGCUAUUUCAGUUGUACUACUACAAGCAUUAUUUAUCAGCAAAGAAUGGAAUUGGUUUGUCAAAAUCCAAAGGCAGCAAAAUCGGAUUUGAUAGCACACAAUGGCGUGCAGUUAAAAAAUUUAUUAUGCUAACAUCCAGCCAAAAUGUACCAGUGUUCCUUAUUGAUCCUUUGAUUCUGGAACUGAUUAGUAAAAACUUUGAACAAAUCAAAAAUACUUCUCAUGGCUCCACUUCAGAAUGCAAGUUUUUCUGUGUUCCGAGAGAAUUUACUGCAUUUGCACUACAGUAUCACCUGUGGAAGAAUGAAGAAGGCUGGUUUCGGAUAGCUGAAAAUAUGGGAUUUCAAUGCCUAAAGAUUGAAAGCAAAGAUCCUCGGCUAGAUGGGAUAGACUCACUUUCUGGAACUGAAAUCCCCCUGCACUAUAUCUGCAGAUUGGCCACUCAUGCCAUCCAUUUGGUGGUCUUUCAUGAAAGAAGUGGCAACUACCUCUGGCAUGGCCAUCUACGACUCAAAGGACACAUUGACAAGAAAUUUGUUCCUUUUCGAAAGUUACAGUUUGGUCGUUAUCCUGGUGCUUUUGACAGGCCAGAAUUACAGCAAGUUACUAUUGAUGGACUAGAAGUUCGUAUUCCAAAAGAUCCAGUGCACUUUCUGGAAGAAAUACCACACUCUAGGUUUAUUGAGUGCAGGUAUAAAGAAGCUCGAGCAUUCUUGCAGCAGUACCUUGAUGAUAACACUGUGGAAGCUAUGGUUUUUCGGAAGAGUGCUAAGGAAUUAUUGCAACUAGCAGCCAAAACGUUAAAGAAAUUGGGAGUGCGCUUUUGGCUGAGCAGUGGAACUUGCUUAGGAUGGUAUCGGCAGUGCAAUAUUAUUCCUUAUAGCAAAGAUGUUGACCUAGGGAUUUUUAUACAAGAUUACAAAUCUGAUAUUAUUAUAGCAUUUCAGGAUGCAGGACUUCCACUCAAACACAAGUUUGGGAAGGUGGAAGACAGCUUGGAACUAUCCUUCCAGGGAAAAGAUGAUGUAAAACUUGACAUUUUUUUCUUCUAUGAAGAGACUGACCAUAUGUGGAAUGGAGGCACUCAGGCCAAAUCAGGAAAAAAAUUUAAAUACCUGUUUCCCAAGUUUACACUGUGCUGGACUGAAUUUGUAGACAUGAAGGUCAAUGUGCCCUGUGAAACCAUCGAAUACAUUGAAGCCAACUAUGGUAAGACCUGGAAGAUUCCUAUAAAAAUAUGGGACUGGAAGAACUCUCCCCCCAAUGUGCAGUCCAAUGGAAUCUGGCCUAUUUCUGAGUGGGAUGAGGUCAUCCAGUUGUACUGAAAUAAUAAGUUGAAAUAGGAGAAGCUUUCUCCUGAAAAAAAAAAAUGUUGGUAACUGUUUAAAAGACUACAUGUCUAUUUGUCAAACAUAAGCAGGAUCCAAAGGAAAAACAUGACAAGUUUUAAGACUGAAAGAAUCCUAACUCUUGAGCCAUCUGAUUUAAUUAUCUCAUUCAGCAUUCACUUAGUUUCUGUGUGUCAGAUAAAAUACUAGGUUACAGUGGAGAAGCAGAGACAAAUGAUCAAAUGUCUGCAUUGUUCCUGUCCCUUUGGUAAGCACCCCAGUUUUCCUUUGAUGGAAAUUUUCCACCUUUUGAAGAGCUGAAGUAGAAUAUAAUAUAUCCUAUAAUUUUUUUUAAAUGUUAAGUAAUUCUUAGACUGGAAGAUGAGCUUAUCAGGCAAAGCUAAUGAAUGGUAUAUUCAUGAAAAAGAACAAUGUAUUCCUGUUCUUAGUGUUGAAGCUUGUGUAAUAGUGCUACCUUUAAGAAUGUGGCAUCUGAGUUAAUUUUCAAGUGAUCAGACUUUAGGUAGCAUCAAGAAAAGAUUGUUGCAGACUCAUUUGACAAGCCAUAUGAUGCAAAUUGAUUUAGAGCAUAGGGUAUUAUUCUAUAAGGGAAGGUGGGAGCUCAUUUUGAGUUUUGUCAAGUUAAUUUCAUAUAUUUACUAUUUUCAUAUUUGAAGUGAGAAGAAAGCUGAUGCUUUUGUGAUACUUAAAUUUUCAACUAUGGUGAGAAUAUUUUCAUUGACCCUUGAUGCACUUGUUGGUAUAUUAUUCAAGCAAGACCAUGCUACCAGACAUGAUUUUGAAGAGAUGUGAUUUUACAAAACUCACUUUCCUAUUUCACUCUCAAACACUGUCUUAGGGAAAAAUAUGAGCUAUUCAUUGACAUCUUCUAUUUUCUCAGUUUAUAACCCUUGCAUUUCCAAAUUAGUGUUGACCCUAAGAUAUUAAUAGAAAUACCUCUAAUUUUUCUAAAUAUACCCUUCAUUGUAUUUACUCAUCAGUCACGGCUCCUUAUCUU